CAAAAAUAAACAAAAACUCCUUACGUCAAACGAAAUUUUCAUGACCUCCUGAUUUAUCAGAAAUCGGAUAAAUUUUUAAUGAAAACUGGUAAUUUUAGCCAUCAAACAUGAUCUCUUAAGUUUUUAUAAUAUUUUAAAAUAUGUGAAGUUUCCCCAAGACCCAUUAUCGACCUCCAAAUCGACUCAGAUCAAUAACUGAUGUUUUAGGGUUAGUUCAGAGAAGAGAACCAAACACUAUCAUCAUGGAAUCUAGCCCUGUCUGCCCUGUUUGUACCCUCUAUUUGAGACCUGGCAUUACUUUGAAAUCUCAUCUGAGCACCCAUCCUAAGCAAAAAGUCAUUGAGGCUCUGGUAAAAUUGACUGAAGUCGAGCCACAACCUGGAGACAAUAAUACCGGCCAAGAAUUGUGCCAAACAACUCAAGAUCAGUCUUUUAAUCCCGUAACAAAUGCUCCAUGGACAGGGGGAAAUGUUCAGGGAUCUUCUCAGGUCCAACCGCCUUUCCAAGGCAACCACGUCUUCAUCUACCAACAGAGUAUGAGCACAUCACAAACAAACACUAUAAAUCCGUUAGCCCCCCAACAGUACAUUAUACCAGCAGUUCUAAACCCCCAAACGAUGCCCUAUGUCUACCAACAACAGCAAGUUAUAAUGUCCAGCGGAUCCUGCCUCCCCCAAAUGCGAAUCUCUCCCUUCGACCUGAACGGGGCGCCAUCCACAGAUGCCUCCACUUCAGUGAUCCAUUCCCCUGAAAUAGUCAGAGAAGGCGAAGAAGAAGCUGGCCAAAGCGUAGAGAUCGUAGACAACGUACAGCUGGACAACAGCUCUGAGGUUUCUAUUAAGGACGACGAGAUGGAGGAGGAGCCAUGUUCGAGUAAAGACUCCGGGGUCGAUUCGAAAAUGCAAGAAGACAACAACAGUUUUGCAGAGUCGAAGUUCGACCAAACCGACGAAAUUCCUGAAGAAACCUGGGAGGGUGGUUCGCAGGACUUGAACAAAGCUUGCCAAACUGCCUCAGCCCCCCAACCUGCAGACGAUUUCACCAAGAAAGAUUGCUACUACUACGACAACGAGACCGAGAUCGGUUACGAGACCAAUGUUGUCAUGGACACGGCUUACGAGCAGCAGGGUCCCAUUUACACCAGUGCCAACAUAUUGCAGGCGGGCGAAGACAUUGAUUUUGAAGUAGAUGGGGUGCCCGUUAUAAUAGGGGAGUUCGCCAACAGUACGGUUAUCUCUCAGGUGGACAAUUUCGAGAAUAUCAGCGAAGGGAACGUGCUGAUGACAAUCGGAGAGAACGGGUUGGAAAAUAAUGGUUGUGUGGGUUUGGACAUUAUCGAGGAGAGCAUGUCAAGGGGGAGCACUCAGGUGAAUAUACAGGCUGACGAGAGGAUGCCCCCGAGAGGAGAGUUGUCGGGACAGGAGAGUUUGGGGGGCGCCAGCGAUAUCAACUGGAAUAGGUUGCAUUAUAAUGAAGUCAGUUCUAGCGCUUCCUACGACCCCCUGGGCAGAGAUGCCUGGGAAGAUUCCGACAUAGACUGUCCCCCAGCCAUGGAAGAAGACAACGAUGUUCCUUCCGUCAUCGGUUACACCCCUCCUAGUCUGAACUUCAAGUGUUCCAGUUGCGACGAGGCCUUCUCAUGUCUCCAGGAACGAAAGAAACACAUCCAGGAGAAACAUCCCCAACAGGAAGACAAACCGCAGCAACAACAACAACAACUCCAGCAACAGCAGCAGACGAGCACCAACGCGAUAGGCUCCCUCAUAGGCAAGAAGAAAGUGAAGAAACUCACCAUCAAACCGAAGAGCGAGGCCGAACCAAAGUUAGACACAGUAUUCACCAACAAAAUAAAGAUGGAGAGCUCGGAAUGCAAGCCGGAAAUGGAAGAGGUCAAGACAGACGAUGGAGACGCUAGGACAGUUUGCGACUUGUGUAACACCGUCCUGCUGGAUCAGAAGGCACUGAAGGAACACCGCGCCAAGGCGCACAAGAUCCCCGACAAGGGCCGUCUGAAAUGCUCCACUUGUGACGAGGUGUUCCCCAACGAGUACAAGUUUACGGAGCACCUGAAGGUGCAUCCUCUGGAGUGCAAGAUGUGCGGGAAGCUGUUCUACAGGAGGCAGAACAUCCAGCUGCACAUGAAACGCCAUCUGGGGAUCAAGCCGUACAAGUGUGAGGUUUGCGAGAAGGCCUUUUUGACUAAGCAGAAGUUGGAAGAGCACAGGAAUGUGCAUACAGGCCACGCCCCGAUCAAGUGCAACCUUUGCAACGAGUCUUUUCGGAGACAUUCCAAUUUGAUCCAGCACCGUAACAGGCACCAUUUGAAACACAAACGGAAGUUCAAGGACUACGUUUGCCACUGCGGGGAGUAUUUUCACUCGAGAAAGAAGCUGGCGUGGCACAAAGAAACGCACGACACGAAGCCGAAGGCCUGUACCAAGUGCAACGAGAAGUUUGUGCACAUGUCCAGCCUGACUAGACACAUGAGGAAGGCUCAUAACGAAAGAUUUCUUCCUUCCGAACAGAGGAGCAAUGAGAAUGUUCAGUGUCCCGUUUGUAAAGGUGUGUUCAUAAAAUCCUCGUUGGACGUGCACAUGAGAACCCACACGGGUGCCAAACCGUUCUCCUGUCUCAUCUGCAACAAGGACUUCAGCACCAGGUGGAACCUCAAGCUGCACAAGUGGACCCACGCCUCCAGGGUAUCCAAGCCUUUCAAAUGCGACCAGUGCAACGGGGCCUUCGUCAGAGAGUCCGACUACGUGUCUCACAUGAACUCCCACAAGAGCAUCAAGCCCUACACGUGCAACUAUUGCGGGGCGCGUUUCAUACGCAAGUACAACUGUCAACGGCACGUCAAGGAGCACGAGAACGUGAAGACCUUCAGUUGCACGGUGUGCGGUAAGCUGUUCCACAGAUCGUACUAUCUGAAGGACCACAUGAGGGUGCACAGCGGGGUGAGGCCCUACACUUGUCAUAUCUGCGGUAAGACCUCCACCACCAAGUCCAACCACAACAAGCACGUGCAGAUACAUCAUCCAAGAUCUCCUGUGACCACAGAGGCUUAGGGAAAUUUUAAGUUUUACAACGUAACCAACGCUAACAAAAUUAGGGGAACGGUAUAAAAUCUCAACGGAGUUUGUAGUAGUCGAUUUUAGCAAUUUUUUUUUUAAUUUUAGCUUGAUUCUUCGGGAACGUAACUUCGUGAGGUGAACAAAAAAAGUGAAAAGUAAGCUUUUAUUCAGAACGCUCUGUGAAUCGUUGACAGACGAGAAUUUGCCGAAAAAGAGAAAAUGAAACUUCGUUGAGAUUUCCCUUAAUUUUGCUAGUGUGUAUAUUUUUUAUCCGAUUCGGUUUCUUUUUUAAAUUCUCGACUUUACUUUUGAUAUGUAAUUUUUGGAGGCCAUGGGGUUUCAUAUUUCGUUUUUAUUUUAUUACUUUGAUUAUUCGCUGACAGUGCUAUUCGAUUCUAGCGUAUUUAAUUUUUUUUUGGUUGGUGUUUCGAACCUUUGGAGUAUUGCAUUUGAAAUUCUACAGUAACUAUUUGAGUAAUUAUGGAAAUUUACCUUAGAUAUAGAUGUAAAAGUUUGGUUUAGGAAAAUAAUUUACCCAAAAAUAUUUUAUUUAUCUUCUUUAUACAAUUCGACCAGUUUUUUCUUCGGUCAAUUUUAUUUAAUAUAAUUUGUAUAUAUAAAAUAUAUCUAAGCAAAGUUUCGUUCUCAUUUACUAUGUAAAUAUUAUUUAGACGACGUUAGCUUAUCUUUUAUAUCACAAGUAUUUUAGAGAUGAGAAGAGUAUUGUGUUGAAAUCGGAAUGAAUGAUUUUAUUGUUUGUAAAUAAUUCUCAUUGUAUAUAUUCACAAUUUUAUUUGAAUUUAUAAUUUUAUUUAUUAUAAUUAGACAAGAAAUUGUAGCUUGCCUUUUAUUUUAUUUUACUAUCCUUUCAAAAAAACUUGCAAGUGUCCUAGAACGCAGAGAACUUCGAAAAAUGAGGUAAAAAGUUGAGAAAAUAGAAUAAACGAAGUAGAAAGUGUAACUCCCACCACCAAGUCCAACCACAACAAGCACGUGCAGAUACAUCAUCCAAGAUCUCCCGUGACCACGGAGGCUUAGGGAAUUUUUAAGUUUUACAACGUAACCAACACUAACAGAAAUAGGGGAACGGUUUAGAAUCUUAAGGGAGUUUGUAGAAGUUCAUUUUCUGUCCAACCCUUCGAUCGAUUUUAGCAAUAUUUUUUUUUUAUUUUUUUAGCUUGAUUCUUCGGGAACAUAACUUCUUGAAGUGAACAAAAAAAAGUGAAAAGUAAGUAAGUUUUAUUCUGAACACUCUGUGAAUCGUUGACAGACGAGAAUUUUCUGAAAUAGACAAGAUGAAACUUCGUUGAGAUUUCCCUUAAUUUAGCUGGUGUGUAUAUUUUUUAUCCGAUUCGGUUUCUUUUUUUAAAUUCUCGACUUUACUUUUGAUAUGUAAUUUUUGGAGGCCAUGGUUUCAUAUUUCGUUUCUAUUUUAUUACUUUUGAUUAUUCGCUGACAGUGCUAUUUGAUUCUAGCGUGUUUAAUUUUUUUUGGUUGGUGUUUCGAACCUUUGGAGUAUUGCAUUUGAAAUUCUACAGUAACUAAUUGAGUAAUUAUGGAAAUUUACCUUAGAUAUAGAUGUAAAAGUUUGGUUUAGGAAAAUAAUUUACCCAAAAAUAUUUCAUUUAUCUUCUUUAUACAAUUCGACCAGUUUUUUCUUCGGUCAAUUUUAUUUAAUAUAAUUUGUAUAUAUAAAAUAUAUCUAAGCAAAGUUUCGUUCUCAUUUACUAUGUAAAUAUUAUUUAGACGACGUUAGCUUAUCUUUUUAUAUCACAAGUAUUUUAGAGAUGAGAAGAGUAUUGUGUUGAAAUCGGAAUGAAUGAUUUUAUUGUUUGUAAAUAAUUCUCAUUGUAUAUAUUCACAAUUUUAUUUGAAUUUAUAAUUUUAUUUAUUAUAAUUAGACAAGAAAUUGUA